AUGAGUGAAUUGAGCUCCAAGAUAUGGAAUGGGUCCCUGAGCGUUUGCGUGGUGCUCUCGCCAAGUGACAGCAACCAGAUGACACAUAACAGGGAGUUUUACCUCACUGUUGAUAGAAAUUCAUAUUUCCCACUCUACUAUACUAAGCUUCUAAGAUUCUUUGAACCUUACUUAUUGGUUCCAGGAUGGUCAAAGUCAUCUGAAUGGUGGUUGGAAUUUGAAGAAGUGCCGUUGAAGUGGAACUACCCAAUUGGGCUACUUUAUGAUACAUUAACAUCUCUUGAUCCCCAGAAAAGGAAAGCUGACUCCACUUGGAGACUUAUACUUCAUUACAGAAAUUAUCCAGAUUAUAUCUUACCAUUACCAGAUUAUAAGACCCUAGAGUCUCAUUGGGUUAAUCAAGUCAAAGAGUCAUGUUAUGUUCAGCAUGGAACCGCAAAACUUGUAAUGGUUUUAUCUAAACAAGAUUCAUCAGAUCUUUGGAAGUCGGUGGAAGACCACGAUGUUCAAAAGUUUUGGUCAAUAAUGCCUAAAAUCACGAGCAAGAGCUCUAAAAAGUUGAAAAAUAUUCCACUGCGGCUUUAUCUUCCAGUUUCUGACAAGGUUAUUGAUGUCCCCAUAGAGGCUUACCAGUCUGAUGGUGAUCCAACAAAACUAGGGGAUGCCCUACAUAAAGUGGUGCCUGAUUUAUUCCCUUCAACUAAGAACAAUAUUAUAGCUAAACCUGUAUUGCAUGGUAUAACUUUACCAUUAAAUAUUCCAUUGACAGAGCUUUCUUAUGAAUGCAUUUAUGUCGAUGGAUUCCUACAUGUAUCAAUUGUGCUAAUAAGUUAA